UUAAUAUCAAACAGCCAAAUAUAAAUAUAAACACCAGUCGAAUCCGAUAGGUUUAAGCCUUGAUUCCUUCCUGCGCUCUCACAGACUUCCCACAAAUAAUUUCCGCUGCUUCCACGACGAAGAAACCUCCGCGCGACCUUUUUUUCCCCCUCUUUUCUUUUCCCUUUCUUCAUCCUCUCCUCUCUAUCCCGCUCUAUCUUGUCUCUCUCUUAUCUUCCAUCCGAACCGCUUCCCCCCUCCCCUUCUCCACUGGCCCCGUCGUGCCGUCUCGUUCCCACCGGCUCUACUGGAUCAUGCAAAUCCAUCUUUCCUUGGGUCCUGCGUUCGCGUCUACCCCGCUAUGAAUAAUGAGUUCCUCUCUUGAAGCCAAGAUCGUUGUGCUAGGCGCCCAAGGCGUUGGCAAGACUUCCCUCGUCCACCGCUAUGUAAAUCACGAUUUUAAUCCCGCCGCGACAACCCCCACAGUCGGCGCAUCCUUUGUUACCAAGCGCGUCGUCGAUAGAACAUCUGAUACCGUCGUUCGUCUCCAGAUCUGGGAUACCGCGGGCCAAGAACGUUUCCGUAGCAUUUCCCGCCUGUACUACCGCGGCGCCAACGCGUGCUUGCUCUGCUACAACAUCACAGAUGAAAAGAGCUUCCAGGAAAUGACAGGAUGGCUGUUGGAGCUCAAAAACAACAUGGGCAGCGAGGAGGAACCAAUUGUUAUCCACGUCGUGGGAACCAAAUCGGACAUUGUCGCGCUGGAUCCUUCGCGCCGUCGCGUACCAUUCGAGCGCACCAUCGCAUACGUCGCCGAGCAACUCUAUCCGUCACAAGCCUCUACACCUCCCCCGACUGCCGGCAUGGGGUUUUCAUCUAGCAGCGGUGUGCAGAGUCCUGACAGCAAGCGCAGCAGUGGUUUCUGGAGUCAAGAUAUUGGCUGGGAUUGCUGUCACGAAAUCAGCGCCAAAGACGGCGAAGGAAUCGACGAGGUCUUCCAGGUGAUCACUCGCAAGCUGGUGGAGCAGCGUAACAGACGAGAUGCCGAACUGGCCAGGUUGCAGAGAAAUAUUUCUUCUGGUGAAGGUGUUGGGCUUGGUAUUGGCGGCAAUGCUGACGGCCAUGGGAGCUUUCGUUUGGGUCAGAAUGAUUACAAACGGAGGAGCUGGCUGGGAUUUACUCCCAGCGUGCAUGAGGAAUCGGCCGAAGUGAUAGGAUCCGCAAAGAAGAAGGGGAGAUGCUGCUAGAAUGGGAUGGUUGGAGCUAAUAUCCCUUUUUUACCCUGUUUAUUUGCUUGUUUUUCGACCUUUUUUUUCAUCUCUUUGCUUUUUUGUGGAUUUAUGUACGGGUUCACGUUCUGUUGUCUCUAUUUGAUGCAUUUGCUGGCAUGGCGUUGUCUACAAUAUCUAUGGAGGCCCACGCGGGAAACUGGUAAUCUGCAUGCUGUCUUUUGAUAUGUUUUAUGAGCAUCUGGAUGGUUUUCUGUGUCUUUUUUUUUUGUGUGUGUGUGUGUGCGUGUGUGUGUUAUUGUUAGGUAUGGGGUCGGAACUAGUCUGUUUGCGGGAUGAGGCAUGUGUAUGGGUGUGGGCAGCAUUUUUAGAUAUGACUCCAGGGAACGAGCUGCUGGUCACGCUCGAGGAUUUUGUGCUUUGUCUUUUUUUUUUUUUUUUUUUUUUUCUGAUUAGCAUAGCAUAGCAUAGGAUAGGGUAGGAUAGUAUUAUUGGUUGGUUUCACAAUAGUAUGCGUUGGUACUUCGAUGCUUG